AUGUUGAGAGCAUUAACCGUUCAAUUUAUCCAACGGCGAGGCUACAGCGAGCCACUGGUGCGUGUCAGGUUCGCUCCAAGUCCUACAGGUGAUCUUCACUUGGGCGGUCUAAGAACAGCCUUGUACAAUUAUUUAUUCUCUCGCCAGCACAAUGGACACUUUCUGCUGCGAAUCGAGGACACUGAUCAGACCAGAUUGCAACCUGGAGCGAUGGAGCGGCUGCGAAACAACUUGAUCUGGGCAGGAAUAAUCCCGGAUGAAGAUCCAGUGAGAGGAGGACCAACAGGUCCUUACAUCCAGUCAAAGCGGCUGGAAAUUUACCAGGAGUACGUCAAAAAAUUGAUAGAAAAUGACUCAGCGUACCCUUGCUUCUGCACCGAGCACAGAUUGGACCUACUGAGACGAGAAGCAGUGAAGGCUCGGCUAGUUCCCAAGUACGACAACCGCUGUCGUCACCUGGAGAAAGAUGUCGUCAAGGAGAAGCUCAGCAAAGGCGUCGAGCACUGUAUCAGGUUUAAGUUGAGCACAGAGCCUCAAGGAUUCAAGGAUCUAGUUUACGGAGACUUUGAGCCCACCCAGCAGGAAGCGGACUUUGUGAUCAUAAAAGCUGACGGGUAUCCUACUUACCAUUUUGCUAACGUGGUCGAUGACCACUUGAUGGAGAUCUCUCAUGUGCUCAGAGGCGUCGAGUGGCUGGUAUCGACCCCCAAGCACCUGGAAAUUUAUCAAGCUUUCGGCUGGACGCCUCCGAAUUUUGCUCACCUGCCGCUCAUUCUCAAUACUGAUGGCUCAAAGCUCUCCAAGAGGCAGGGCGAUAUCAAAGUUGACUUUUAUAGGGAACAGGGAAUCUUUCCGCUGGCUUUGAUUAAUUAUAUCACUCAUGCUGGAGGUGGCUUUGAUAGGGAUUCAUCGAUUUCUUGUUACAGUUAUGAGCAAUUAAUCAAACAGUUUGACAUCAAUAAAAUCAAUACCCAUUCGUCAAAACUCAAUAGAGAUACUUUGAUGGAAUUGAAUAAAUUAGAGAUAGUUAAUUUAUUGAGUGAUAAUAAUAAUACCAAAAUUUUAGUGGAAAAAGUACGAAGAUUAGUCCUUGAAACUUUUCCUGACAGGAAUAAUUUAAAGACUUGUUUAAAGAAAUUUUCCACUACUAAUCAUCUAGAGUUCCCAAAGCUCAUGAAAUUGCUUCGAGGUCAUCUCAGCGGACUUGAGCAAGGCCCAAGCGUAGUUGAAAUGAUGGAAAUUCUAGGAAAAGACAAGACACUUAAUCGCUUAAAUAAGCACUGUGGGUGA